GCCGGGCUGCAUAGAGUCACAGGGCGAACGGCGAGGAGAGGAGAGGAAGGGCGUUCAACUGGUGGGGCGAGGCAGUGCUUUGAUUGGGAGGAAAAAGGCGAGAAGGAAGAAGGAGACUCGCGACCGAGCCGCUCCCUAGUUCUCUCCCUCGCUCUCUCUUUGCCGCCGCGUUUAGGGAACGCUGUGGGGCUCCUUCCCCAGCUGUGAGUGGGUGUGCGAGGCAGAGGAAAAAGAGGGGUGAUGCGUUUCCCGCUGGCGGCCAUCUCCACCGAAGCCGCUGCUUCCACCGCCGCAGCCGCUGCGUCCACCGGGGCUUAAGAGAGACGCAGCUCGAGCGGAAUCUUCCGCCCUCGACCGGAGAGCGGGCCUUCGAGUAAGCGGGAUCUCUAUCCCGACAUGAGCCGCGAAGUCUGAACGCCCAGCGACGCUCUUCCACCCGACAAGCCGACCCCGCCGCCCGCCGCCCCAACCACUCACCCACCCCGGCGAAAUCCGUCCGACUGCUGGAGAUGGGGGUGAACUCGGUGCACUGGUUCCGCAAGGGGCUUCGACUCCACGACAACCCAGCGCUGAGGGAGGUCAUCGAGGGGGCCGACACGGUGCGCUGCGUCUACAUCCUGGACCCCUGGUUCGCGGGGUCCUCCAACGUGGGGAUCAACCGGUGGAGAUUUCUCCUUCAAUGUCUUGAGGACUUGGAUGCCAACUUAAGAAAACUAAACUCUCGUUUAUUUGUGAUUAGAGGACAGCCUGCAGAUGUAUUUCCUAGGCUUUUCAAGGAAUGGAAUAUUUCAAAACUUUCUAUUGAAUAUGACUCUGAACCAUUUGGAAAGGAGAGAGAUGCAGCAAUUAAGAAAUUGGCCAUUGAAGCAGGAUUGGAAGUCAUUGUACGGAUAUCACAUACCUUAUAUGACUUAGACAAAAUUAUAGAAUUAAAUGGAGGCCAGCCACCUCUUACUUAUAAGAGAUUCCAAACUCUAAUAAGUAGAAUGGAACCAUUGGAGAUGCCUGUGGAAACUAUCACUGCAGAAGUCAUGUCAAAAUGUGCCACCCCAGUUUCCGACGAUCAUGAUGAAAAAUACGGAGUUCCAUCACUUGAAGAACUAGGUUUUGAUACAGAUGGAUUGCCUUCUGCUGUUUGGCCUGGAGGAGAAACAGAAGCACUCACGAGAUUGGAAAGACAUUUGGAAAGAAAGGCUUGGGUUGCUAACUUUGAACGACCUCGAAUGAAUGCAAAUUCCCUUCUUGCAAGUCCAACGGGACUUAGUCCUUAUCUGCGUUUUGGCUGUUUAUCUUGCCGUCUAUUUUACUUCAAAUUAACAGAUUUGUACAAAAAGGUGAAAAAGAACAGUUCUCCUCCUCUUUCCCUCUAUGGCCAAUUGUUGUGGCGUGAAUUCUUUUACACGGCAGCCACUAGUAAUCCACGAUUUGAUAAAAUGGAAGGCAAUCCCAUAUGUGUGCAGAUUCCUUGGGACAAAAAUCCGGAGGCUUUGGCCAAGUGGGCAGAGGGUCGGACAGGGUUCCCUUGGAUUGAUGCUAUUAUGACCCAGCUGCGUCAGGAAGGCUGGAUUCAUCAUCUUGCCAGACAUGCUGUGGCUUGCUUCCUAACCCGAGGUGAUCUGUGGAUUAGCUGGGAAGAAGGAAUGAAGGUAUUUGAAGAAUUGCUUCUUGAUGCAGACUGGAGUGUGAAUGCAGGCAGUUGGAUGUGGCUAUCUUGUAGUUCAUUUUUCCAGCAAUUUUUCCACUGUUACUGUCCUGUGGGUUUUGGCAGGAGAACUGAUCCUAACGGAGACUACAUCAGACGGUAUCUACCUAUACUCAGAGGUUUUCCUGCAAAGUAUAUAUAUGAUCCUUGGAAUGCCCCUGAGGGAGUCCAGAAAGCUGCAAAAUGUAUAAUAGGAGUAAAUUACCCCAAGCCAAUGGUAAAUCAUGCUGAGGCGAGUCGAUUGAAUAUAGAAAGGAUGAAACAAAUCUACCAACAAUUAUCCCGAUACAGAGGAUUGGGUCUCCUUGCUUCAGUGCCUUCUAAUGGAAAUGGAAAUGGAAACGGAAAUGGUGGCCUAAUGGGAUAUUCUUCAAACGAAAAUCUCUCUGGUUGUGUUGGUACAAAUGGCACUCAAAUGGGAACCAGUGAAGGACAUACAGGGAAUGUUCAAUCAUGUACCAAUGGAGAGACUCAUAAAGGAAAAAGUGGAAUUCAUCAGCAAGGUUACGCUCAAGGGAACAGUGGAAUUUUACAUUAUGCUCAUGGGGACAGUAAAAAAACACACUUAGGGCAACAAGGAAGAACAUCACUUAACAAUGGAGUGUGCCCUGGGAAGCGGCCAAAUCCAGAAGAAAGAAUUCAAAGCAUUGGUCCAAAAGUCCAGCGACAGAGCAGUAAUUAAUGGGGUAAAACUGAGUUGUGAAGAAAAUGAUUGAUAAACUACAUUCUAGUCUCACAAAGAGGAAACUAAGCGUGCCUGCUGCAUAUUUUUGGAGCAUAACUUUCUUGGAAGAAGUGGACCAAACACCAUUGCAUCUAAAACCCUACUUGGCGGUGGUCAAGAACGCCCUGACAUUAAUUUCAUACUUUGAGCGGUCAUAAUCUUAUCCUAAGUGUGACUUGUAUUGUCAUUUAACUACACCUAGUUUCUAUUUUUCCAUUAAAUUGUGAAUUAAUAUGGUUUUGUUUCUUUGAAUUUGUUGCGAGGUAAAAAUAUUAACUUGAAACCCACCAGUCAUUUGCGUAUCAUCUUGGGUAAUGGGCAGUAUUUAUUUUUUCUUGAAAUUAUUUGUUAAUUUUUAUGCAUCCCAAUUUAUUUUUAUAGUGGGAAGUUUAAAAAAUAAAUUUCAUCUGUUGUCAUUUUCUACAGAUACUUUUCCCUAAGCAGCUUAAUAUUUUUCCAUUUUAUAUUCAACCCCCCCCCCCCUUUAAAAUAGACUGUCCAGAUGCAUUCAGGCUAAUGUAUACGUAGCACAUGGAUUUGCCCAUGUAACUUGGAAUAUUUUUCUCUUAGGACUUUUAAAUUCUUGUAUUCCUUCUUCUAUGCAUCAGCAGCAGACUUACCAAUCCGUUUAUAAUAAUUAGCCAUGCAUAUUCCCAAACAUAUUUUGCUCAGAAAAAACUUAGGCUACCCUUUCCUUCUUAAAGCUUGGGAAGGCAUGUGAUUUCUAAAGCAUUUUGAACUAACAGCAUCUUAGAAAAGAUGAAGAACUUAGAUCAGGACUGUCAAACUCUGGGGUCGGAUCCAGCCUGCAGGGCCAAUCUGGAAACAUGAAGGACUGGCCUAAGGUGCCUCUGCCUGCUUACUGGCAGAGGUUUACAAGAGGCCAUCACAGCUGAAAAUGGAGCUUGCGAAGCCCGCUCUGGCUCUGGCUACCACAGGCACCCCUGACACGAGUGAUUUCGAGCUGGCCAUACCCCUCCUUUGAGGUCAAACAAAAUCCUAAUGCGGCCCUCAAUGAAAUAGAGUUUGACACCCCUGACUUAGAUUAUUGAAGAGCUUCCUCUUUUGGAUAAAUAUCAAGAAAAAUUAAUGAAAUAUUUAUUGUUGAGGGUUUUUUUUUUACCAUGUGGCACGCAAUGAUGGAGUAACCUAUUUUCUAGGUCCUCAGCAGGGUGCAAGAUGCCUACAAAGCAUACCAUCUAAUUAAAACAUAAAUAAAGGGGGGGGGGCGGGAGACGCAUGUUGCAGAACAACACCUUCAAGCAUAAUUUCUGUGUCUGCUUGAUAUACAAAGGCAUUCUUCACCAAUAAAAUAAUCGAUGGCUACAAUGCAUUGCUUCGUUACUUUUUGGUAUAUGGAUACCUUCUGAUUACCAUACUAUAAUUGUAACUAAUUGGUCGGAAUGUCUGCAAAUGCCGAUUAGGCAGGCAUUCCCCCUAUCCUACAAAUGUCGCUGCCUUUGCCAUAAGAAGGCUGGUCUAAGAGAAGAGAGGACCUGAAAAUAGAUUCUGUCAAUUCUGGACUUUUGCUCCAUCCCUGAAGCCCACAAGCCCCUUUUCCAGCUUCACCUGUACCAUGAACUGUAAACUGCAUGCUAUAGUUCUUAGAAGCCUGCCUCCCUACCCUUGUUCCAGUUCUGCAGCCGCCGCAAACAGCAAUUCCCCUAUAGCCUCCACCUUCCCCUGGGGAACUGCCGCUGACUCUCAUGACUUGUUUGGGUAUAGAGAGUGCUGUGCCUUGCUGUCCAGCUUCCUCCUCCCCAGCUGGUCCUGCUUGGGCCUGACCAGCAAAUGAAGCUCCACCCUCCUGCCACCCUCACUGCACACAUCCAGGGCUAUACCCUUGCCUUGUGCCUGGGUCUUGGCCACCAGGGAGAGGAAGGAGACAGCAAUGGUCAGCUCUGAUCGGGGGUGGGGGGGACAGCAGGGAUAUGUGAUAGAAUGUAGAGCACCCAAAAGCGCACAGAUGGGAGAAGGUGGGUGGGACAGUUGAAGUGCCCUUGCAUUUGUGUGCAAGUGAAUCUAAAUUUUGAUUGUGUGACUUGGGGAGGGGGACACUGCAAAAGCCAUAUGUUCAGGUACAGAUCAUCUCCCUUUGUUCAGUGCCGUCAUAACUUUGAACGGUCACUAAAUGAAUUGAUGUAAGUUGAGUAUUACCUGUAAUGUACCAUGAACCAAAUAUUAGUGGUUUAAUAUGUCAUCAGACGUCACUGAUCAUUACUUCUACAAAUUCAGGUUCUCAUGUUUACUCCCCGUUAUCCAGUCAAUAGCAUCCACUUGUCCAUUGCUAUUUCUCUUUCCCCCCUUACCUGUGGAUAUACUUAAUCUUUGGUUUCUGUAUUUGAAAUACAUUAGUAUUUGCAUUUUUUUAAGCCAAAAAGAUUAAUCUUUUGGUUGCUGCAAACAUACAGAUUUUAAAAGUUUAGUUAGGGAAAUUAUUUUGAUUCAGCAUUGCAUGAAACCAGUAAAUUUUAAGUUGAAAGUUCAAGUACUUGACGUUAAUGCCUUUUUAGAAACAGUUUCUUUUCCUACUUAUAACUGAUAAGUUUAUCCCCAAAUUUUUCCUGUGCUCAGCUUUCAUAGCAAAUAUUCAGCUGCAAUCUUACUCAUACUUAAUAUACGUAAAUGUAGUUAAACUUAUUGUGAGUUUAUGUAUAGAUGUACAUAGAAUUAUGAUAUUUUUAACGCGGGAUUGUGUUUGGGCUCCUUUUCAUUCUUGCCUUUUGUUUCUAUUUAACAUUCUGUUAACUGCUUACUGAAAUCCCUGAAUCUAUUUCCUAUGCCUGUUUUCUGCUUUUUUUUGUCUUCCGCUUCCCCCUUUCUCCCUGCCAUCUUUGGAUUUUUCAUUGUUAAAGAUAUUAUGUUUUAGAGUCUUGUAGUACCUUACAAGCCACUUUUACCAUCUGCCAGUCAGGUAUUAUUCCAAAGAGUGUUCAUAUUUUUAGUUAAAAGUAUAUAAUUAAAAAUAAAAAUACACUUUGCUAACUACUGGAUAACCUUUCCGACUCAACAAGAAUAGCAAUGCGUUUCAGUACUAAUUAGCAAAAUAUAUUAAAAGGUUUCUUAAAUUAUUUUCUAAUGGAUUUAUUUAUUUUGUCUUACAACAUUGCUGAAAAGAAGGAUCCGCACCCUAAAAAGUUUCAGUUUUUGUGAGUGCUUGUAUAAAAAUAUGCAUUUUCAUACAUUUAUUUUCACACAAUCUGAAUGGUUCUAAACUAGUAUUUUUGGACUGUAUGGUUUCUAACUGACCUUUCUAUGGUUUUUAAAAUUUUAAAUGAGGUUCACCAAGGAGAAAAAAAUAGAGAUUUGUAAAUAAAACAGUUAAUAAUUAGUUUAGUUGCGGUGUAAAUGCAAGCAUUCAUGAUUAGUGAUAUUCAUCUAUUUUUGAUAUUUCAUGUACGGAUUUCAAAAUUACAUGGCUG